AUGUAAAAUACACAUAGUUGUUAAUUACGAACCUUGGGAUUUGUAAAAAACUAUUAGCCAGAUUCCAAUUCAAAUAAUAUCAUUAACCACACUCUUUAUCAUAAAUAUGCAUCCUCUCAAAAUUACUAUUAUACUAGAGAAAUUAACGAGAUUUUAAGUAAGCAACGAACUUCAUCUGUAAUUUUGUUUUAAGUAUCAAAGCGAUCUAAUAAUAGGAUUAUUUGCAUUAUGAUGAUGAGGAUGAAUAUCUUAGAAGAUUCUAUUUAUAAGAGGUAUAUGCUAAUAAAAUGAAAUUGCUUAAAGAGUUUUAUAAAUAUCACAAAGAUCUUCCAAGAUUUACAUUGACUUAAAAAAUACUCUAAACUCUAAAUUAUUACUAUGAUAAGCGUAGAAAAUUAGAUUAUUAUAGAAUCUAGAGAUAAAUAGAGUUUGAAAAUAAAUAAAAUCCCUAAUUACCCCAAAAAGGAAUAGUUGGAGACAAGCCUAUUGAAUCUGAAAGUACACCAAGAUCAGCAAGCAGUUCAACCUCAAAUGUGAAUACAAAUGUUGAAAAUAUACUUAAGGACAUAACCAGAUAAGAAUCAAAGCAAUAAAUAGAGAUCAGUAAAAUAACUUAGAUCUAGGAGGAAUAACAAAGUGAGAUCAUUAAAAUAAUCAAUAUGAUUAGCACACCGCAAAUCAAGAAUUAUUAGGUCUUUAAGAAAUCUAAAAACAAUUUCAAGAAGCAGUUGAAACUUGACGAAUUAGGUCUAUCAUUAUCGUCAAGAAUACAGCAGAACCCACAAGAAGCCAAAAUGCCUCUCUCGGCUCGAUAUCCUUCUUAUUCACUAAGCAGAGUUAAUUAUAAGCAUUAAUCAUUAUCGAAGGAGAAGACUGCUGAUACACAUUUAAUAAAGGAUAAUUUAUUAUAAUUAUUUAACAAAUGUCCAACUACAAAAAAGAUGAAAAUUGAAAAUAAAAGUAGCUCAAGAAACAUUCAAUUUGAUUAGAAAAAAUUAAUACCUGAAAUAAAGUAGUUAGAAUUGAAAAUAAUUAAAUCACUCUAAGAAAUAGAGAAAAAUAAGAAUACUUAAAAAAUAGUGUCUUUAGAUAGCAAAGCUUUACACCAAAUACUCAGUAAAUUUAGUAAACCGCAAUCUCAAAGACACAUUUAAUAAGUUGACUCAUUCAAAAGCACUUCUAAUCAGUCUAUUAAGAUAACCAAUAGCAAAAUUGCUAUGCAAAAGGCUUACACUCCAAGAAAUAAAUUCAUGAACUCAAAACCUAAUGAAGCCAAUCAGUAACAUCCCAAAAAAUCAAUAGAAAAAUAGUAAUAACUAGUUAAAGCACUUGAUCUCAAGAAAUUGAUGGUCUACAAAUCAGAAAAAUCUGCAAAGACAGAAAGAGUAAAGAAAAAUGUUCCUGCUUUAAAUCUAAAUGCAGUUUAGAUUAACAAUUAGUCUUCACUUACAUCCAGAAAUUAAAGUGGCAAUCCGAGCUUUAUCUAAUUGUUAACUCCAAAGCCACAAACUAGCAGAUACAAAGCUAAUAAUCUUAUUCAUUGGUAAGUCAAGGCAAUUUAAGCUGCUUAAAGAGAUUAUAAAUUAUAGUUAAAAACUUAAUAAAUGAAAAUAGAACAAUUAAUUUGA